CCAAUGAGGACCGAGGCCAGGAGCUCGCGAGGCUUCGUUCUCUAUGGCAACAGUCCGCUGGUGACCAACUGCCACCUAGCCUCCUCCCUCCCCGCCCGGGAGCCGUUAGGGUCGCUAUGGCAGAGCUAGGACUGAAUGAGCACCACCAGAAUGAAGUGAUCAACUACAUGCGCUUUGCUCGUUCAAAGCGUGGUCUGCGACUCAAGACUGUAGAUUCUUGCUUUCAGGACCUUAAGGACAGCAGGCUGGUGGAAGAGACCUUCACAGUAGAUGAGGUGACAGAAAUUCUGGAUGGGCUACAGACUGUGGUACACAGUGAAGUGGAAUCAGAGCUCAUUAACACUGCGUACACCAAUGUGUUACUCCUGCGCCAACUUUUUUCACAGGCUGAGAAAUGGUAUCUUAAGCUACAGACUGACAUCUCUGAGUUGGAAAAUCGAGAAUUGUUGGAACAAGUUGCUGAAUUUGAAAAGUCAGAAUUUAAGUCUUCAAACAAGAAGCCCAAUGCAGAACUCGUUAAACCUAAACUUGCUCCAUUAAAUGAAGGUGGGUCAGAGCUGCUAAACAAGGAAAUUGCAAGACUUCAAGAAGAAAAUGAAAAACUGAAGACCAGACUCAAAACUAUAGAAACACAGGCUACAACUGCAUUGGAAGAAAAAUCAAAACUAGAAAAGUCACUGAAAGAUUUACAGACGAUUCAAGAUGAAAAGGCUAAUAUAACCCAGGAUAUCAGUGAACUGGAAAAUACAGUGGCUACUCUGAAAUGCCAGUUUGAGAAGACAUUGAAUGACAAUACUGCAAACCAAAAGUCCUUGGAGGAGAACUUAAUGACAACAAAGCAUGACCUACUCAAGGUUCAGGACCAGUUAUCUAUAGCUGAAAAGGAGCUGGAGAAGAAAUUUCAGCAAACAGCUGCUUACCGCAACAUGAAAGAGAUACUCACCAAGAAGAAUGAGCAGAUAAAGGAGCUACGGAAAAGACUUUCAAAGUAUGAAGCAGAAGAUUAAGAUUUGAAGCACAUUUGAUCUGUCAAGAAGCUGCCACACAAAGAAAAUGUAGACUAUUGUGUUACUUUCUAAGAAUUUGAUUUGAAUGGUUUAUUUUCUGCUUCUGCCAUUAAAAAUAGCAUUUUAUGACACUAAAAAUCCUGCUUGAGUUACCUGAGAACAGUUUAUUGUGCACCCAAGUUCCUGGAUUCAUGCCUUUUUUUAAUAGUUGAGUUUCUCUGGUCCCUAGGAAUAACAAAGGCUGAAUUAAGAUGGUUCUUUACAAAGAAAGAAGUUUUAUUUUUGUUAAAAAAGCCAAAAAAUAAAACAAAAUACAUGGGUAUUUCUGUAGAUUGCUGUGACAAAUUCUAAGUAUUGUUUCCCUGUAAUAUACAUGCCCAAGAGGUGGCAUUUUCUAGAAGAAUCACACCAGUAAAAAUAAGAAACAAGAAAACAAGCUAAUUUCACAAAAUUAAUCUUCACAUUGGAUGCCUGAUUUCCUGAAUAUUUGCUGAAAAAUGUGUGGAAUGUGUAUUCAAGCCAAAUGAUGCCUCUAGUGGGGAAAAACUAAUUUUUUCCCUUGAAUAUGUUAGACAUAAGCACUAGUGCUGACAUCUGCAAUAUAUCGCAGAUCUAAAUUGCUUAACAGCAAUGCCACCAAACAGAAAAUUAUCCUUUGCUACAUCAGAAAUUGUUAAUGACAUUUUAACUUGAAUAUUGAAAUUCUGACUAAUUUAUAAAUAUUUGUAAUGUUAAUAUGAUGAUAGGUUGGAGAUAGAGCAACUUUUUAUAGAAGAGCAUAAAGCAGUGUGUGGUAGAUUUUUCCUUCAGUUCUUAUUGCAUCUUCAACUAGAUGAGAGUUCAUUUGUCUUCUUUUAUUUAAUCUACUCUUCCAGCCUCUUGAAGAUACAUGUUAUCUGUUUGUCUGUGUUCAUAUGUAUGUUGUAUACUACUCUAAAUAAAGCUGUUUUCAAACAGU